AUGACCAUGGCAGACGAAAUAUCUUCGUCGGCGCGACCUGCGUACAAAAAGCGCAGCUCGUCGAUUUCGGCCCCGGCUUGCGCCAGUUUGGAAACGAUCAUCAGUCCACCUUCGGAGGGUGACACGCCAGACAGCGGCACACCGGGCUAUCGGCGGAGGAAACCAGCCACACGAUCCCAGAGCGCCCGAAUCACAGGACCACGAUCGGUUCGCCGUAAGCCACAGCCACCACCGCCAACACUUCAAGACUCACGGGGACACUGCACGAGUGAGCCACGAUUGAAUGACUCCGAAACCCCACCACCACAGAAACGCCGAGGAUCACAAAGGCGUCCGAUGCACAAUUCAGAGCGGCGUCAUCAAAAUGUAAGGAUUAAGUUAGCAACACCAAGGAAAUCGAACGCUUUUCUGGACGUGCCGCAGAUCAACCUACAGCACCUGCAGAUAGACGAUCAGGACGACGAUGACAAUAUCAGACUGAGAACGUUCAGCUCAUCGAAGCAGGGCGUCGUGAAUCGGGGCGAUUCGUUUCGCAGACGACGGUCCAGAAGCAACAGCUUGGCCCCGGUUAGCCCGGUGCGGGUGGUGGACGAGGUCCUAACACCUCCGACCGGUCCAAUCGAUUCCUACUGCGUCUUUAUGAUAGGGGCACCGGGCGUCGGCAAGGGAGCGCUCCUGUCACAAUUCCGAUCGUCAGAAUGUAUUAAUGCAUACGAUACGCGAGAGUCUCCGGGUGAGCAGAAUAUAUCCAUCAUUCUAAAUGGCGAAGAAUCGGAGCUGAAAUUCGUCACCGACAGCAUAGGAAACAAGGAUGAAAUGCUUAAGGCGGACGCAUUUCUGGUGGUGUACUCCGUGGUAGACAAGGCGACAUUUAGCCGGGCCGACCAGCUGCUCAACAUGCUGCACGAUAUGGACGUGAGCCGGUCUCGGCCGACCAUACUGGUGGCGAACAAGAUCGAUCUGGCCCGAUCACGAGCCGUUUCUUCCCAGGAUGGCAAAUGCUUGGCCUGUACGCACAAAAUCAAAUUCAUCGAGGUAUCGGUAGCAAUCAACCAUAAUGUGGACGAAUUGCUGGCGGGCAUCCUAUCACAGAUACGUUUGAAACGGGAGCAAUCCGCCGUACAGGGCAUUCGAGAACCAUCGUCCGCACACUGGUACAAAAAUCGCAGCGUAGUCCGAGCGUCAAUGAAGGCACGUCAGAUGAUCACGUGGAUAUUCGGCAAGGAGGAUUCAAAGUUUAAAAACUGCGAGAAUCUUCAGGUGCUAUAA